CUCAUGUGACAGCAGCAUAGUCAAAUACAGUACACUUGGGAUUGUAUAAAUUCAUGUACAGGACUUUGUCAGUGUGACGGCAAAACCAGCAGAUUACAAUCUGUUGUUUGACAAGAGAUAUUCCUUGGACAACCUGAAGUGGGAAAAGAACCAGCAACAUGUCAAGACCGUGGCUCUUAGUUUGUUUCCUGUUGGGCCACUUUGCCGGGAUGAACAGAGUCUCUGCAAUCAGAAACGACGCCUUCCCGUGUUGGAGUUUGAACGCAACCUUUGUGGACUGUAGUUUCCUGAAUCUGGACUAUGUUCCUCUGAUGCCAUCGAGAACAACGGCGGUGGAAUUAAGCCACAACAGGAUUCCCAAACUAGCGAACAACUCGUUCCACGGGCUGGACAACCUCCUGCAACUCCAACUUUCCAACAAUGCCAUAACCUCCAUGGAAAAAGAGGCGUUUGCAAACCUACAACAACUGGAGGAACUGAACCUUAGCGAUAAUCCGCUUGUUCACAUCCACCCAGACGCUUUCCUUCCUCUCAGGUCCCUAACGAAGCUGGAUCUAUCCGAAGUAAGACUGACAGCGAUUCCGGAAGCACUAAGAAUGCUCUAUAACCUGCAGGAUGUCAACCUUGCAACAAACGCCAUCACAUCAGCCAAUCUUGACACAUUCAGAGGUAUGUCGAACAUACAAACGAUAAGCAUUCUUGGCAACUUCGUAGGAAACAUUUCAGCAAAUGACUUCAAGGUACUUACAAACAGUUCUCUGCGUGCGCUGUCUCUUUCCGCAACUGUAGACAGUUUGUCACACAUACAGAAAGGCGCACUGACCACUUUACGGAAUGUACAGCAACUGGAUUUUACGGACAUUAAAGUCAGAGGAAUGUCGGAGUUUUUGGACUAUACCUGUGAGUUGACUUUUGGCACAGUCAAGUUUCUGCGCUUGGUCUAUAUGAGACUGUACAUUUAUCGCAGUGGUUUCUUUGAUUGUCUCCCACGUACAAUCGAGACAUUGAAUCUAGAUCUUAACAUCAUCGAAAAUUUGCCCAGAAAUCUGUUUGUGAGACUUACGAAUUUGCAGGUACUCAGGAUGUCUCAAUGUUGGAUGUCUAGCAUUGAGAUUGGUGCUUUUAGUGGCUUAGAAAAUCUAAAAGAACUGCACCUGAGUGGGAACAAGUUAACAGCAUUAGACCCAAAUGUAUUUAUUCCUAUUUCAGGAAGUCUUGAGGUACUCAAUCUGGGUAAUAACCUGAACUUUCAACUACAACCAGGACAUUUCAGAAACCUAACUCUCUUGCAAAUUCUGGCAUUGCAAAAUUGUGGAAUUCGCUCUUUUGAAAGUGACCAUUUUGAAGGUCUUAGUAAUUUGAUACAGCUGGACAUAGGCUUUAACAAGGCUAAUUAUGAACCAACAAAAAAAGGUAUUUUCAAGUAUAUUCAAAAUCUGGAAGUCUUUUUGACAAAGGAAAAUGAUGCUUUCUUUUCACUUGAUGCCAUCUUAUCCGCAGGCCUGGAUUCACUAUGGGUUCUUGAUUUACGCGAUGGAAGUGGCAACAUUCUCAAUGAUAGGGGCAGAAGCAUAAAUAUCCCAGAUCUGCAAGUUUUAAGAGUAACAAAUUCGAUUGAUUCUGGAAUAACAUAUGCUUAUCAUUAUAGGGCUGAUCUCUUCUGGAAUCUAACACUAUUACAGGAGCUAGAUCUGUCUAAAAAUGGGUUCCUAGACAUCAAAAAAGAGGCAUUCUGGCAUUUAAAGAAACUGGACACUCUGAACUUAGCAGGGAACUACCUGGUAUCUUUGCACCCAAGCAUGUUUCGUGAUGCACACAGCCUAAGAGUCCUGGAUCUCAGUUACAAUCGCAUCACUGCAAUAUCACCAAAACUGUUUCAAAACGUAAAUUCUCUGCGUCAGCUUAACAUGCGACAAAACCUGAUCACAUCCAUAGGGCCACAAACACUGAUAUACUGGAAUCGAUUAUACAAAUUAGACCUGUCGAGAAAUCAGUUUUCCUGCACAUGCCAACUCCUAGAUUUUGUAGAAUGGGCAAGAAAUAAUACGUCAGUGAGGAUCAUGUCUGAUUCCUAUACUGGUUUGGAGUAUAGUUACAAGUGUUUCUCUCCCCCAGACCUGAAAGACCUUCCCCUUAUUGACUACAACCCAGAUUGUAAGUCCUACCUUGGAUACUAUGCAUGUAUAGUCAUGUCCACUUUCGUCUUUCUGUAUACCACCUUGACGUACAUGCUGACAAAAUAUCAUGCGUACAUACGAUAUCUGUAUCAGUACGCGAGGGGAAAGCUGCGUGGAUACCAAGCCAUUCCGUACAGGAACCGUUACGAGUACGACGUGUUUGUGUCGUACAAUAACGAAGACAUCCGGUGGGUCCAACAGGAACUGAUUCCGCACCUAGAGGAAGUAGCGCCGCACUACAGACUGUGUAUCGGUGAUCGCGACUUCCUGGCCGGACGUGACAUCACGACAAACAUCGUGGAAGCGAUCCAGGAUAGCAGGAAGACGCUGUGCCUUCUCACGCAGAGGUUCGUACGCAGCGGCUGGUGCACGCUGGAGUUCAAGAUCGCCCAACACCGCCUGUUCGAGGAAGGAAAGGAUGUGCUGGUUCUGGUUUUGUUGGAGGACAUACCGGUGCACGUCGUGCAGCGGUACAACCGCCUGCGCCAGCUCAUGUCCAGGAAAACGUACCUCGUGUGGCCCGAAGACAAACAAGCGCGACCGUUGUUCUGGGUUCGACUCAGGAAAGCCCUCGGAGCAGGAAACGUCUUACCAAAUGAAGAAGAUGUAUAGGAUGUGUAAGAUGUAGAGUCUAAAUACUAAGACAGAGUUGAAACAGUGCAAGGAAUGUCACAGCGG